GAUGAGGUUGACUUCACUCGUCCUCCUUUCUAUUGUCACUGGCAAUGACAACACCACCAAUAACAACGAAGAGAGACCGCCAACAAUGGUGCUCGAUCAUUUGAAUCCGAAGGGAGACUACAUUGAUGAAAUCAACAGUGAAAACAAAGUCGAUGAAGAGCUUUUCCAGGAGUUGUGUGAGCGUAAACAAAAGAGAAAUGGAAAAAACAGAAAUGGCAAAAGAAGGAAUAAGAUAUGUCAAAAUGGUGGCUAUCUUAACCCACUCAGUUGCUCUAAGUGCGUCUGUCCAGAAGGAUAUGCUGGAAAACUAUGCUCUGAAAGGCCCAAAGGAAGCCCAAAGAAAUGCGGGAACACAUACGAUGCAUCUACAGAGUGGAAAAGUUUCACGGAUUCUCUAGGCGAUUACGAAGAACAUGAAAACUACACCAAAUGCUAUUACUGGAUUCAAUCGCCGGAAAGCACAGAGAUUGAAGUGGAGCUUGUGAGCUUUUCUGGACCGAUCGCUCUCGAAGGCUGCCCAAAUGCUGGCAUAGAAAUCAAGUCCAACGAGAAUCAGCAGCUCACUGGUUACAGGUAUCAUUUUUGUAGAAAUGAAGAACAGUUAAACUAUGUCGUUUUACACGGACCAUUACAACAUCAGCCUUUUGAUUUCUGCGCAGGUUCUGUUCUCCAAAGGCAGCUGGAACCAGACUUCGCUCCUAUACAAAUCGGGUUCCUAUUAUAA